UCCCUUCCUCUUAUCCACUCUGCGCCAGCGGCUACGCCCAUUCCGUCGUGUGCCGGCGGCUGCCGUGCCUCGCGCCGGAGGAUGGAGUGCGCUCGCCGGGAGUAUGGAAGGCGCGGAGAGGUGCGCUCGCGCCCGAUCUCCUGUGCCCGCGCCUCGCGCCUCCUUGCACCGCUCCGGCGGCCACUCGCCACCCGCCGUCGCCCGCGACCACCAGCAGCAACCGUCGCACCUCUCCGCGCGCCACCCCGAGGCCCCAGCCAUGCCGCGCCGCCGUCCUCCGCAACCCCGGCCUCCUCCUCAACCUCACCUCUCUGUGCGAAAACCGGCGUCGCCGCCGGCGGCCACGGUUCCAGCGCCGCCUUCGUCCUCCGCCUCCUCCUAAAGUGCGCGUUCGCCCCGGCGGUCCUCGCCCUCGAGCUCACCGAGGACGUCCUUGCGGACGGCCUCCUCCACCCCAGGCGGCCCUCUCCGGCGAGGUGAGCACAGGAAGGGACGAAGAAGGCGGCCGGGCCGCCGUUCUCGCGCGCUAGAAGGGCGCCGGGCCUCGUGGGUGUUGUGAAGGGGGGAGGGGGUGGCAGCUGAGGGCGUGUUCACCGUUGGCUAGCGCCGGCCGCGAGCGCGCGCCGGUGUUGUGACCUGUCCGCCGCCGCCAGUCCUCUCUGCCCUUCUCCACCCCAGGCAACCCUCUCCGGCGAGGCGAGCUGAGGAAUUUGGCGAAGAAGGCGGCUGCCGUGCUUUCGCGCGAGAAGGGCGCCGGACCUCGUCGGCGUUGCGAAGGGGCAUAGCUGAGGGUGGGUACGCCGCCGGCCAGCGCCGGCGGCGAGCACGCUCCGCUGUGACCUGUCCGCCGCAGCCAGUCCUCUCCCGCCUCCCUUGAUGUAACCUUCUCAACCUCUGCAUCUGCUCCCGUGUUGCCUCGUUGUCUUUUGGUACAUGCGCAUCCAACCAGUGUAGGAAUCAAUCAAGCUAUACAGGCAUGUGUUCUUCAGGAAAACUAAGACCAGAUUUUAGGUUAUAACGACUUUGUUCUCUAGCAGGAUCAAAGUCUGACAUGUUUAUACAGGUGAGAUUGCAGCGAAUUUGAUGUGCAGAUACAGUUGCUAAUGUCCAGAUUUCAGAGGCAUUGAUAGGUUCAGGUCGACAAGCAUAACAAAGGAACAGAGGAGUUUAAGUCAGUAAUUUUUCCUCUUCGAGAGAUUUGGUGGCCCUUCUUGCUAUGUACAAUGGUGCCUCAUAGUCAAAUUGCACUUUAAACUAAUAACUUUGUGGCGUAUGGGAGAUUUUCAUGACACAAUUGGAGUUACUAAUAAUUUCACUAAGCAAACUGAAGUUUUGUUUCACCUACUGUCAUGUUGGUCUUGCAGAUGAGCUCCAAACAUGGCCAAUCCUCUCAAAGAUUCAAUGGAGUCUGAUGAUGUUGAUCACUCUUCUUCAUUAAUGCCUGCAGGCUGCAGUUGUUGAUCAGUCACAAAGAGGUAUCCACAUUUGUCAACGGUAUAAUGUUCCUUUGCUCUGUACUUUGAACAUAAUGCCUCCAUCCAAAAUUGCAAGGGGCACAAGAAUUUACUCAACAGAAUGUUCAUUGCACAGUUGAUGCCAAUUGAUCCGUAUUGGAAAACACCUUUUCUUUUCUCAUCGAUUUGAACCACAUAGUACACACAUUUCUGCAGUUGCCUCUCUGUCUUUCAGGGUAUUGGUGCCAACGCUCCGUUUGGAGUUGGAGAGGCCCAGACCACCUGCUGCAAGAGGCAAAUGGUGACUUCCAGCCACAGCUCUUCAGAGUUGCCCUCCACCGAAACGCCCGCGCCGAGGACGCCCGCACCGACGCCGACAGAAGACGCCGACGACGCCCGCGACAUCCACGACGACGGCCUCCUCGCCAACACAGGAGUUCGUAUUCGUAUGGGCCCUACCACUCCCAACAGGACCCCCACUCCCAGCAGGACGCGCACCCCCUUCCAGGAUAUAAGCAACAACCAAACAUCAGGUAUUGAUCAUAACCCAGUCAGGACGCGCCCCCCCUUCCAGGAUAUAAGCAACAACCAAACAUCAGACCCAAAGGAACUAAAAAGGCAGAGGGAUAGAGAGCGGUAUGCAAAAAAUAAAGAUGAGAUUAAUAAGAGAAGGCGUGAAGCCUACAAAAGAAAAAAAAAUACCAGUGAGGAAAUAGAUGGCCUACAUAACGGAACACCGGCACAGCUAGCUGUAUCACAAGCUACUGGACAAGAGGCGGUCACCCAGCUACAGAACAUCACAGGCCCAGAUGGUGCAUUACCAACUUUAGGACCAUACAAUGGAUUCAUACAAACAGACAAGGAGAAUAUUUCUGACAAUGAUGAAUCCGAUUGGCUGCACAGAAAUGAUGCGUACCAGAUGCAACGAAGUUCAAGAAGAAUGACACUCACACAACUGGCAGGGGUUGACAACCCCCAACUCAAUACAGUCGUCAAUCUACGUACCCCAGGGGUAACUUUUCAUGAUCAGGGCAACGACCACGGCGAAUAUGCGUAUGGAAUACUGGAGCCCGAUGUCCAGACUGUAAUACUUGAUGACUGCUUGGGAGACCGGAACCUUGGAGAAACUGGUGAUGUUGACCCUGAUGAAGAAGCUAGGAUGUUUGCUAGACCAGGUAGAUUAUUGCUAUCAUGAGUUAUGAAUACGACAUAAGAUAGUUAUAUGGUUUGUGCACAAACUUUAAAUAAUGCAAUUGUCCAUUCUUUUCCAAAUGUUGAUUUUGAAUCCUGCCGAGUGGCACGGCAUCAUGGUGAUGGA